CAUAAAAGAAAAAUCAAGAAAUCAACGGAGGGCGCACGACCGGGUUUUAAAAAGUGCUGCUUGAGGUUUAAGCCAAGAAAUAGGCGGAACGGAGUCAAUCGGAAGAGUUCCUUCCUGAGUGGCAAAAUCGAAGGUUUCCGCCGCUCCUGAAACCCAACGCAACGGAAAUUGAUAUGCGAAAAUGCAGAGGCUAAGGAGCAGAGCGCUGUUUGGUUCGAUGCAGCUGCCCCAUUUGAAGAAGAAAGCCCUCAAUUCAUUCGCCGCCGUUCAGGACACUUACCUCUCUACCAAGGACACAUUUGAGAGGCAUAGGGUUGUCUUUACAAUCGGGACAUCUGUGGCCUCAGUUGCCACAGCAUGGAUUGGAUAUACACUCCGUCACCUCCAUGAAUCCAAAGUUGAGCAAAGGCUUGAAUCAAUUGAGAAAGCUAUGCAAAACAACCAGACUCUUGAACAUGCUGAGCUUAAGAAGCUUGUCGAUCCAGGAAGUUCUCGUUAUGCUACGUAUAUUGCCACAAUUGGGACUACUUUUGUUUUAGGGUACGGGUUUGGUUGGAGAGGUGGAAGAUGGUAUGCAAAUAGGAAGUUCAGGCAGGAGCAGAUGAAGUUGAUGGGCCAGAUAACUCCUCGGAAAUGGGAGUUAAUGGGGAAGAUCAAAUCGAGAGGAUUGGGAUUGCAAGCCUUGAGAAGAGGACUAUCGAGAUCCAGAAGUUCAGACAUGGCAACUAAACCACAUGACAAAAGGCCCUGAAGGAUGUACCAUCGGUGUCACAGGGUUCUUGUAAACCCCAUCGAUCUUGCUAGUUUGUAAGAAACAGCUACUCUGUCGCUCCAUUGUCCAGUAGUAGGAUGAAAAUUGCAGGCAUUGUGUAGAUCAUCUGCUGUACUGCCCAAGUUUUCCAAAGCAAUAUAUAGCUUAGCCAUUGUUUCCCCAUGCUCCUUCUAUUUCUGCUAUUGGCUAAAACUCUUUUAUGGAAUAUAUGUUUUCUGAAUGUUAUUAAGAACCCUUAUGUGAAGAACAAAGUGUUGAGCGAAGCAUCCUUAGAAUCUACCAUGAAUACAUGAUGAAACUUGUU